AUGGUUUUUUGGGCGAAAAAAAGGGGCAAAAGGAGUGAUGUCGGAGAAAAAGCUCCUGAUAAAAAUGAAGUGAAGCCCAUGACAGAAUAUGAGGAUGGUAAUUAUAAUGAGAAUUCGGGUGAUGCAGUGUCUUUGAACUCUAAAAAAUAUGAUGCGACACCAUAUUACGAUCGAACUGAAACGUAUGAAGGCACAGAAAAUGGAGAAGAAGCAGAAGCAUAUGAGGGCACAGAAAAUGGAGAAGAAACGUAUGAGGGCACAGAAAAUGGAGAAGAAGCAUAUGAGAACACGGAAAAUGGAGAAGAAGCAUAUGAGGGCACAGAAAAUGGAGAAGAA